AUGGCCUCAGGUUCCUGCCAGCAGUGUCUACAAGACUGCACUGCCUUCAUUCUGUCUGUCGAAGGCGAUGAAUCAGACCAACAGUGUUUCCUCAAUACACGCCAUAGUGCCGACCAAAAUUUUUACCCCCGGGCCACUAGCUCUAAUAAUCAUCAUGGUUACCCCUCUGGCUCUGGCGACCAGCGGCAGCCAGCGUCCAGCUUGAAUGACCCAUUUCUAGUCAUGGUAGAACUCAACUUCCUCAACUACUGCAGUAAUUACCCCACCAUGACUCGGACUGAUGCUGGCAAAGAGCAGCUGCCAGCGUCAAUGAUCAAUCUUCACUCCACCUCCUUCAAUGAUCCUUACAGCAACCUAUCCCAGCCGCAGUUCAAUCUCUAUGAUGUACAUACUUUACCUUACGCAGCUUCCACAGUAUUGCACAGUCUAUCAUUUUCUCCAUACUUUCAAUACACUGCACCCAUCUUUUCUGUUGAUAGCACCUGUACAAUACCUCCAGGCUCAGAGGAUGUCCCGCCUCUUGGAGAGGCAUUCCCUCCUCUCGACGAGCUGUUACCUCUUGAUGAGACACCACUACUAGGAGAGCCUUUACCUCUUUCAACUCGUCAAUUGGAGCCACAAAGGGGCCAACCAUCUGGAAAACGCAGUCACGGUGUUUUAACUGUCACUAAGGAUGUGUCGGCGGAUGCUACUCCGUCCACUACACCCUCAGAGCCAUCCUGCCUAGGACCCUCGGUAUAUGAUGAAAACAAUCGAACUCACGAAAGCAUUUUCAAGGAUGCAAGAGAGAUACUUAUUCGAUCAGCGGUCAAUGAAACCCCUUUCUUGUUUGAGAAGGAAAGGAAGACCAAGGCUCAUGACGCACUAGUGAAGACAGCAUCUUGCCGGAGUAAAGAUUUUGGGGGUCAGUGGGCUGCCCAAAACGUGGGGGCAUUCUACAGAUUGACCUCGGUGCCAUCCGCAGACAUCUUGGCGACUUCAAAGAAGAUUGUGCGUGCCAAGGUGGAACGUGGAUACAACCUAUGCCUUUCUGUUUGGUCAGGUGACUCCGAGCCCAAACACCAAAUCCAGGCAGUGGGCGACCUCCUCGUCAAUACUUCCGAGUCAUUCACCCCGAAAUUUAUUUUCGGGAAGGAUGCAAAACUCGGCACGUUGCACGUAUUCGAAAAUGAUGUGAUCUUAGAUGUUGUUCUUAACACACUUUUGGAGUUGGGCUACAUCAAAUAUGUCACAGAGUUCAGGAGUAUAUUCUGCACAGCUGCUGCGGCAUACAUAUUUUUGAACUGA